AUGGAAAGUGUUUGGAAAGUUUACAAGACAAAACAAUGUAACAGCAUCCUAAAGAACCAGGAAUGCAGCCAAAAGGAGUACUGCACAUUUUUUCACGACGAAACAGACCGUCGGCGGACUUUAAACUUAUCAUAUGAGCCCAUUCUUUGUUUAGACUCGAUCACGUCCGACCAUUGUUUGCAUGAAACCUGUAAGUUCUGCAGAAAUUUUAACGAGUAUAUCUAUCAUCCUCAGAAUUUUAAAACCAGAGAGUGCGUAAACCGCAAACUUGGCAUUUCCUGCACAUUUAUAUCGUGCCCUUAUUUUCAUUCUCCAGAAGAGCGCUACCAAUUUCAGCUAUUACGAGAAAAUAUGACCAAGCACAACCACGACAACGAAGGCUACGAGUCUGAAAGCGAAAGCGAAACGCCUCUUCAGGCUAAACCUAUCGCUAAAAAAGAAACUUCGGUGCCUGUAGAAGUUAGAAUGCCUGAUCUAAAAAGACUCCCCAGUGAGCGUGGGUAUUAUGUUCUCAAAGAAGAGGUAAAAAAAUUCGAAGACAGACAUACAGAAUUUAAAGCCUGCUCAGGCAAAGUCUUUAACCCAAACCUAGCGGUUGAUUUAAUUACCCCUUAUAUAUGUGCCUUUCUAAAUACACAAGGCGGGACUUUAUUUUAUGGGAUUAGAGAUGAUGGACUGGUAAAUGGGGUUACGCUGACUAGAAAAUUAAGGGAUCAGUUUAGCACAAUUAUUGAUUCAGUGCUUAAUGCAUUUACCCCACAUUUAAGUGCUGAUGACUAUCAGAUUAAUUUUGCUAAUGUCCAUGGAAAAGAUGGGCAGAGGAUCAAUGACUUGUAUGUGAUUGAGAUUAAGGUAAAAAAAGGAGAUAAAAAUGAAAUUUAUUUUUCGAAUAAAGGAGAAGCUUAUAUAAAGAGAGAUGCAAGCAUUUCGCUGCUGAAAGGGCCAAAUCUGCUGAAAUUUUUCCAGAAGAGAAGCAAUGGGCAAGUUUCGCCGUAG